UAUAACAACACAACCUCAUCCCUCCACACUUCAUCUGCUUGGGCUGCCUUCACACACGGAGAUGCAUCUUUCUGUUCUGAUACUGGGCAUUUGCCUGGUUGCUGCUCACGCCAGUCCGACAGAGCAUCAUGGCAGGUCUCUGGUCCAACGCUGUUUCGAAGAGGCCAAGAAACUGGUGGAUGACGCUUACACAUAUUCCAGGGCUGAGAGUCUCAGACGAGUCCGCAAAAAUGUCGUGGCACCUCAUGACGUCCUCCGAUUCAUGAAGCAGCCACGUGGAGACACUCGCUCGGCGGUGAGAGCUGCAGACUACAUGGAACACACCCUGCGACUGCUGCAGCAGAGACUGCACCGCAUUAACAAACGCUCUCUCAAUACCACAGACUUGAUGACCCCAGAAGACCUCUUGAGGCUGGCCAAAUUGACCGGGUGUGCUGCUCGAAUCAGAGAUCCUCCGUGUCGCGCCACACAGAACAUCGACAAGUAUCGCACCAUCACCAGCGUCUGCAACAAUCUGCAGAACCCUCGCCUCGGCGCCUCCAACACACCCUUCGCCCGCUGGCUUCCUGCUGAGUAUGACGACAACAUCUCCAUCCCCAAAGGGUUCACCAGAAUCAAACCGAUCAACAACUUCCUGCUGCCCCUGGUGCGCCAAGUGUCCAACAACAUCCUGAGCACAACAGAUCAGGGCGUGGAAAGCGACAAUGAAUUCAGUCACAUGGUCACUUUCUUUGGCCAGUGGAAUGACCAUGACCUGUCCUUCACCCCCUUCUCACCGAGCAUCCGCUCCUUCAGCAACGGGGUGAACUGCGACGAGAGCUGCGAGCGCACUGAGCCCUGCAUCCCCAUCGAGAUCCCACCUGGUGACCCCCGCGGACCUCCCGGCCCCGACAACUGCAUCCCCGCCUUCAGAUCCGCACCAGUGUGUGGGACUGGAUUCUCAGCCUACAACUUUGGCGGGGAACCCGCAGUGAGGGAGCAGAUAAACGCCCUGACCUCCUUCCUGGAUCUCAGCCAAGUGUACGGCUCCGAGGAGAAGCUGGCCCUCAGUCUCCGAAACCUUUCUAGCGAUGGCGGCCUGAUGCUGGUCAACUCUGAGUUCAGGGACAACGGACGAGAGCUGCUGCCCUUCCACCCACUUCAGGUCAACAUGUGCGCCACUCGAGGGAGAAUCACCAAAGACACCGACGCCAGGGAGGUCCCCUGUUUCAUCGCCGGUGACUCACGAGUGGACGAGAACUUUGCUCUGACCUCCAUUCACACUCUCUUCUUGCGGGAGCAUAACCGCUUGGCACGUCAACUCAAGAGGUUGAACCCAGACUGGGAAAGUGAGACGCUCUACCAGGAGACCCGGAAGAUCAUGGGAGCUUACACACAGGUGUUUGUGUUCCGCGACUACCUGCCCCACAUCGUGGGCAACGUUGCGAUGAGGAGGCAUCUUGGUCGUUAUCCUGGCUAUGACCCGACAGUCAACCCGAGCAUUUCCAACGUGUUCGCGACCGCGGCUUACCGCUUCGCCCACUUGGCCAUCCAACCGAUGCUGUCUCGCUUGGACCAAGACUUCAAAGAACAUCCCCAGUUCUCCAACGUGCCCUUGUUCAUGGCCUUCUUCACUCCCUGGCGCAUCGUCUUUGAAGGUGGUGUGGACCCGGUGCUCAGAGGUUUGAUCGGCAGUCCUGCUAAACUCAACACUCAGGAUCACAUGCUGGUGGAAGCGCUCAGGAACAGGCUCUUCCAGUUCGUGCAGCACAUCACUCUGGAUCUGGGGUCCCUGAACAUGCAGAGAGGCAGAGACCACGGCUUGCCUGGCUACAAUGCCUGGCGCAAGUUCUGCGGCUUGUCGCAGCCGAAGAAUCAGGAGCAGCUCGGUCAGGUCCUGAACAACUCCGACUUGGCUCGCAGGCUUCUUGACCUGUAUGGGACCCCCGACAACAUCGACGUCUGGCUCGGAGGUGUGGCCGAGCCCUUUGUGGAUGGAGGACGUGUCGGGCCCCUGUUCGCCUGCCUCAUCGCAAACCAGUUCAAGAAAAUACGUCAAGGAGACAGGUUGUGGUACGAUCGGCGGGGCGUCUUCACGCCGAGUCAGCAAAACGCUCUCAAGACUGCCAACCUCGCCAGGAUCAUCUGCGACAACACUGGCAUCACGUCUGUCCCCCGAGAUGUUUUCAACGCGGUGUCGAGGAGGAACCCGCGGGUGCAAUGUCGUAACAUCCCCCGCCUGAACCUGAACCCCUGGAGAGACACGUCCUGCUCAGGUGGACUCUGCCCGAACAGUAUCGACGAGAUUGUGACAGCUGAGGAGAACCUGUUGACACCAGAACCCAACAGCCUUCCACACAACAAGGUGGCGUAGAGCCCCACGCUCUUGUUCAAUGCUCUCCACAACCAAUUCUCUACCAGCGUUAUCAAACUCAUGAAGCAGCAGGAAGAACACUGAGCCUGCAGCCCCGUCUGGUGGGGCUGAGGAAGUACCUACAUUUCAGUGACUCCAGCUGCAGGAAGCACAUCACUUUUCUGUAAAAUCACAAGACCUCAUGAGACUUUCACAGUCACGAAUGCCAGUCCCGACAGCUCAGGGAACAUCGGAGAGACCAGUCAGCUGCCGCUCACUCUAUGCACAGCUAUUUAUUUUGCUUCAGUUUACAGAGUUUCGAAUCUAUAAUUCAAGCUUCUCUCACACGCUCUUUGUUCAUUUGAAUUUAAAAACAUCUUUACCCUGUUACAUCCGAUCUCAUGAAGAUUUUUAUGUGCUUUGUUAAAUGAAUGUGGUAUUUUUUUACGCGACUCAGACUGCCAGAUAAGCAAUAGGUUGUGGCCAGUGCCUCAUGCCUAACCUGCUUGUUCAAGUGAUUUAUCACUGCUACAGUUUGCAGCCUGUUUCUGUCAUGUUUUGACUUUGACUGUUUACCUGCUUAAUUCUGUCUCGCUCAUUGUUUAGCUUUCAAAUAAAACAUUAUGAGCUGCAAAGUA